AAUGGCCGCUGAGUGUUGACACUUCGUCUUUGUCAAAAUAAUGCGAUUCGGCUGCUGUUAUCAGCAUUAUUUUUUUAUUUAGACUGUUUUAAGAUGAAAUAUGUUCAUUACCCCCAACACCUCACUGAAGAAGAAGAGAUUCUUACAAAGAAGUAUGCUAAACUUCGCAAAAAGAGGAAAGCCUUGCAAGCCCUUAGAAUGCCUAAAGCAGACCCUGUUCAUCAGCAGCAACAGGCACCUGUCAACUUGAAGAGAAGUGCAACAGAAUCAGAGGAAAUCAAAGAAGACAUAAAGAAACUUGUGAAAGCUGGGGCCAUCAAAUUAGAGUCUGAUCGCGAGAAGAAAGCAUUCAAAAGAAGGACAAAGGACCCAGACAAGAAUCCCACUGCCGUUGGUUUUCAACCAUUUGAUGAGCAAGACAAGGUAGAGCCACCUGUUGGCAAGACCAAGAGCAUGAAGGGCUUGUAUGAGAGUUUCAUUCCAGAGGUAACACCAGAGAAAGAGGAACCAAGAGACCAAGAGAGAGAUGCCAGAGAGCGUGCCAGAUCAGAGAGACACAGCACCCAUGAUCAAACCCGGAAAGGCAACACAAUAUAUGUAACGGGCAAAAGAAUAAAUGAAGACAUGCUGAAAGAAACAUUCAAGAAAUAUGGGACGAUUGUGAAUGUGAAUUUAGAAACUGGGAAAGAACGAGGCUUUGUGACUUUUGAUACAACGGAAGCCGCAGAUAAAGCUAUAAUGGAGGUUGACAAAACUUUAGUGUCUGGUAUCUACCUGAUUGUGAGUCUAGCACGAAGACAACCACAGUUUGAGGGGACAGUGGAUCCCUCUAGGGCAUCAUGGGCCUCUAUAGCUGCCAGUCAUUCACAGAAAGGCUCUCACAAGGACAAGCGAGAUCUAGUGACAUAUGAUGAAGACAUCUUCUGAACGAAUCAUGGAAAAUCUUACAAUAUAUCUUUAACAGACGGAGAAGACAUUUUAUCAUCCUCGUGCCAUCAUCCCAUCAAGGUUGACACCAUUCUCAUACUUUGUAAUGGGAAACUCGGUGUCAGUGACUGAAACUGGGGCUAUUCUUCGAAUUGAGAGUUUUUUGGCAGUUCUCUUGCAUCAGCUUGGAAUAAAAUGGCAGAAUUGUGUGCAUGCUACUCAGUCUGAGACAGUUAUUAUGGUGCAAGACUAUAGGACAUAUCCUUUCUCGUGGUAGGAUGAAUGAAAUAUACUCGGGAGAGGUUUAGCCCAUCUCCACCCCUUCGACCUUGGUAUGGUCCCAAGCUGGUGUAGUCAUUGAAGUAUGGAUUGACUAAAUUCGGACUUCUUAUCAUGAUUACUGUGUAAUGUGAUCUUCUCUUGUUAUCAGAUGUUGUUAGUCUGGAAACUCAUUUGGUUAACAUGUGCAGUAACAGCUUAAUAAAACAACUGAAUAUUGUACCAAAA